AUGAGCCCUUCAUUUCUCCCAGUGGCUUGUGCCCUGGCUGUCCUUGCGAGCGUCACAGGGGCUGCAGGCCAUGAGGGGCUUGAGGAAGCGGUCUCGCUACUGCAACGUUUCCAAUCCUUAGAAGAUAAUGGCCAUCGGACCCCCGUCAUCAUUGAUACCGAUGCUGACACGGACGACCAGAUGGCCAUCGCCUUUGUGCUUGCUCAGCCGGAUAUUGAGGUGCUCGCCAUCACGGUGGGGUGUGAUGGCUGGUCGCAGCAAUGGGCCGGUGUUGUGAGCGUCAUGCGCCUGACCCAGUAUUUUGGUCAGCCGGACAUACCUGUGGCAUACUCGCCAUUCUACAACUCGGACACGCAGUUGAACCUAAAGGAGCCGAAUAAGCUGCCGAAUCCCAGGUUGCAGACCGGACUUGGCAACUUCCUCAGCCAGCAUGUUGGCUUGCCCUUCAACAUGCGGCCACCCAGCUGGAUGUACACUGGCUUGUUAUUGCAAGAGACAUUACGGAGGAGUCGCAGGAAAGUGAACGUCAUUGCUUUAGGGCCUUUAACCAAUCUGGCACACUUCUUGCAGGAGUCCCCGAGACUGUUCGAGCGGAAGGUGGAUCGCAUCUACUUCUCAGGUGGCAUCGUCGUUCCCAGAUCCAGUAGCCCAACUGACAAGGUUUGGCCUUACUCUGCUCCAGACACCUCCUUCACGGGGAACCCACCAGGUACGGAAUGGAAUGUCUUCAGUGAUCCAGUCGCCGCCAACUCCGUCUUCUCUUUCGGCAAAUCUCUGGUUUUGGCAACUUCCACCUACACGGAGGGCAUGCGGUUCUUCCUCAACGACACCGAUUUCAUACCAGCAUCUUGCGACGGGGACAGAGCUGCCGUCUUGACAAAGCUGGUAACGACUCUGUCCGUUGCCGCCAACGAGGCCCCGGAGGAUCUCCGCUACUGGGAUGAGUCUGCCGUGGUGCUUUUCGUGCAGAUGAUCCGGAAUGGCGGGAAGCAGGAGGCAGCCGUCUGCGUUGACUGGGACGCAAAGCGCUUCUCGGCCAUAGCUGGGCACCAUCUUACUUUUUAA